UCGUGCUCGGUCGAGGACGCCGGUUCAGACGACUAGCGGCAUCUGACAGUCAUUUGUUUUUUGUUUUCAUUUUGGCUGGGGUGCAUCUUGGUUACCUUUUUGGAAAACAUUUGGCCGAGCAGUGCCCUGUGCGAUGAGCUUAUUUUUGUUGCAGAUCUCUAUCUCUCGAUGUCGUCAAAACUGAGAAUAUAUGAAAAUAAGCUGAGGUGAUGUGCAAGAGGUGCGUCUAUAUUACAUGAAAAAAACAGCAACAUAUAUCAUCAGUUGAUUUACUUGAUAGAUAUCAUAAUGUUCAAAUAGGAAUUCAUUGUUAACAAUAUGUGUGAUCUAAGCUGACCAUUCAUCACGAGUAAAUACUUUUCAUUAAUCAACUUGCGGUGACCUUCGCUGGUUGAGCAGAUCAUUCCAGGUUUAUUCUGAAAAAAAAUCUGAUGAUACUCUAUCCGUGAAUAUGAAGAAGAACCCUAUUUUUUAUAAUUAGACGGGAUACGCAGAAUUCGAAAUGAAAACAGAUAGUGACAGCAACAGUAAUGCUAACAGCCACGACAGCGACGACGACCGUUCAUAAGUGGUUCGAACAAUCCCUCCACACAAUGAGUUCCGACCACCAUGACGUCGCUAAUGAUCGCUGAGAGGUGGUCUGAUUCCUUUCCCUUCGUUGGGCAAGUCUCACUUCCAAUUGUCCUUUGCGCCAGCCCCUCCCCGCCCCUCCUCCUCCUCCUCCGCUCUCGCCUCCCCCGGAUGUUGACCGAGGAUAAACAACCUCCUUCGGCGUGUUUGAGCUGUUGCGUAUGAAGAGCAAGGACUUAGUCUCCCGUCGGCGUGAGUACCUGCACGAGCGACUGGGCGACGGCCGUGUUUGCAGCAGUGAACCAUGGCGGGCCGUCGGCCUUUCCACCUAAUUGUCCCGGAUCUCGUGUCGUGUCGGACUUCUUAAGAAAAGGAAAAAAAAGACACUUGGCUUGUUUGUGAGGCUCCGUUAUGCCGGCGGUCCGGCGGGCUUGACGCGCUCCGCGACCCAGAGCCGAAAGGAUUACUUGUCGGACGCCCUCGGAUGUUCUAGUUGUUUGUGCUUCCUUUCCCUCUUUCGUUCCUCAAACGGGAGGCAGGGGCGCGGCGGGCGAGAGAAGACGGAGCGAUGUCCCCGGCCAACGUGACCUACUGGUUCCAGGGCCCGACCACUCUCAGGUUCCUCAACACGUCCUGGAUCUUGGACGACGAAGAUGACUUCUACGACUACGACGACUACCAGAGCCUGCCCGAGAUCAACAUCACAAGCAACAUCACCUUUUCUACGCCUUCUCCCUCCUCUUCGUCCUCUCCCUCCCCCUCCUCCCCAUCCCCUGCGGACGAGGGCCUGGAGGGCGUGGGAGCCGAGGGCGCCACCAACGCCCUGGUGGAGGCGGCGCUCAAGACAGUGGUGCUGGCGAGCAUCGUGGUGCUCACCAUCGGCGGCAACAUGCUGGUGCUGCUGGCCGUCUACAUGUCCCGCAACCUGCGCUCCUCCACGCACUACCUGAUCGUGAACCUGGCGGUGGCGGACCUCCUGCUGGGCACGACCGUCCUGCCCUUCAGCGCCACCCUGGAGGUCUCCGGCAAGUGGUACUUCGGGCAGGUGUUCUGCGAGGUGUGGGCGACCGCCGACGUGCUCUGCUGCACCGCCUCCAUCUGGUCCCUGUGCGUCAUCUCGCUCGACCGCUACAUCGGCGUCACGAGGCCGAUGGCGUACCCGACCAUCAUGACGGAACGCCGGAUGUGCGUGCUCAUCGCCGCCGUGUGGGCGCUGUCCAUCGUGAUCUCCAUCGGCCCCGCCUUCGGCUGGAAGACGCCCCCGGACCCCGACCCCACCGUGUGCACCGUCAACCAGGAGCUGGGCUACGUGAUCUUCUCCGUCACGGGCUCCUUCUACCUGCCCAGCGUGUGCAUCAUCGUGGUGUACUGGCGCAUCUACCGCGCCGCCAUCCAGCAGUCCAAGUUCCUGGAGAGCGGCAUCAAGACCACGAAAACGUCCGUCACGCUCAGGGUGCACAAGGGGGGCGCCGGCCGCUCCGACGGCAAGCUCACGCUGCGGGCGCAUCGCGGGGGCAUGGGCGUGGGCAUCGCCGCCGGCAUGGCCGCUGGCCUCGCCACGGGCGUAGGGGGCCUCAAUGGCCACUGCAUGGCCAAUGGACAGUCGAAGUCGCCCACGAAGGAAGAGGAGAAGUCGGGGCUCAGGAUGCACCGCGGGAAGGGCAUCGCCAGCCUCAUGCCCCCGACGCCGCACCUGCAACUGCCUGUGACUACUAUAGACUGGCAGGAGGAGCAGGGCGCGGGGGCGGAGGGCGGCAAGGGGGGCAAGAAGGCCAAGGGCAGCCACCACGAGCCGGAGUCGCCGUCGUCGUCUCCGGAGCGACGCCUGCCGGGGCCGCCGGGCAAGAUGGCCAAGUUCCGCAGGCAGAAGAAGGCCGCCAAGACCCUGGGGAUCGUCGUGGGCGUGUUCCUCCUGUGCUGGUUCCCCUUCUUCUUCAUCCUUCCCCUCGUUUCUUAUAUUUCCACAAUAUGUCAGAAGCUAUAUGCGAAAUUCAAAAAGCAAAUGACCUGUGACCUGUUUGCAAGAGGUCAGAUGAGGGCGGGGAGGCUGGUGACCACAAGGAGCACCGACCGGCGCAAGUUCGUUCCGUGUGAGGGAGGAGAGCGGGAGCGUCUAUGUUAUUACAAGGGACCUGCGGACCGAUUGACUAUUGUGACGCGUGGCCCUGCUCUUGCUGAAUAUUGUGUCAUGCAUACCAACAGCAUGUCACGCAGAUUGAAUCCAAGCCUGGGCGACCCCCCCUACUCGCUAGUGCAUGGUUCGACUUUUUUCCUCAACGGAGAAAGACAAAUACAAGGGAAAAAUGUGCGUAACGGCGUUGGCAUUGACUUAGGAGACGACGAGCAAAUGUUCUUUAACAGGUUUGGAUACUUUAUGAGGGCAGGGAAUCCUUUACACAGAGGAUCCUAG